AUGUCUACUGCAGUUCGCAAUGGGCAUAUCAGGUAUAGUUACAAUACCAUCUUUAGCGACAUAUGCAAGACACGUUUUAACAAUAUGAUUGUGAGAUUUUUUCUCAGUAUAACGUUUCUAGUAACCUUAUUUCUCACAUUGGUCUCACGAUACAAUGUUUCAUUGAUACAAGGAAUUUUGCUAUUUUUUCCUAAAUAUUUGGCGUUAUAUUUUGUUGCCAUCUGUUUAAUCAUCAGCAGAAAAAAUUUCCUACACGUCAAUGCAUUGGGUUAUUCUAGUUUUGUGACUCAACUCGUCGGUGAGAUUUGUUCUUUCAAAGCCAUUGUCUAUUAUGUGACAUAUUCAGUGGGUAGUAUAAUGAUAGGCAAUACAAUCAGCGACAAUAGAAUCCUAUACUCUCUGUCCUUCUAUAAUGUGGAGAACUAUAGAUUAUACACAUCUUUCUUAAUCCCUGUUGCAUAUACAGUGCAACAUAUCUUCUUUGAUGCGGACAAACUAACCUUCAGUAUUGACUCACAAUAUCAAGCACCACAACAAUAUAUUAUUAAGAGAUUAGAAAAAAUAUUUAUUAAGAGCUCAAUUUUGUCUGUAACUUUAUUAUUAAUUUCGCCAUUUAUAUAUAAGAUGAUAGGAUGGUCCAUGCUCUUACCAAUCAGCUCACAAGUUCAAUUACUAAUUCUAUCAUUCGCAACUUUCCUUCAAUUUGAAAUUAUAAAUGUUACUUUCAAUGCUCAUAUGUCUAUUGGAUGUUUACAUAAAGGGAAACCAAUCUCAUCGUUAUCGCCUUCACCAAUAGAAACUUUGGUGAGUGGAUUGAGUAGUAAGAAGCCAUUCACAAAGUUAACUGCAUUCCAAGAAUUAUCAUACAGAGCGACUUCUAAUGAUACUUCAUUGAGAGUACCAAUAUACUCAAGCCAAUUGAAGAAUACAAAUCUAUGGUCGAAUAUUUUAAGUGAAUGCAUUACAGUGAUACAAACCAAUAACAUUGCAGUAAAUAAUUAUUUGACCUUCUUAGAGAAUACAAUGUCUACUAAUAAGAAGGUACAAAAAGAUGCAUUAAGACAAAAUUCUCUUACUGACCAAACUGAUAUCUUUGGGAAUCAACCGUAUGUAGUCAACAAGGAAUUGAACGCCGAAUAUCCAUCAAAUAGUUCCUACAAUAACAAUUUCAGUGGUAUAAAUGCCCAUAGAAUAUCAUUACAGGAUGAUAAUAUAUUAUUAAACAGAAGAAGACAUGAUACAUACUGUGAUCAAUCUAAUCUUUAUAAUAUGAGAUCAAACAAUAUGGGCGGUCUUGAUGCACAUCGUUCAUACAAUGAAACUAUCAUUACGCGAGACCCCAAGAUAAUUAUCUUAAUCAGAACCAUUAUAAAUAAAAUCAAGAAUUCUGUUACAUCAUUUUUCUUCCCAGGUAGUUCCAGUAACAAAGAUUCCCAAUUACCUCAAUUAACAUUAUUUGAUCUUUGGUAUCUAAAUAAAGAUAGGCAAGCCGAUAAAUUGGUUCCAUUAGCUGUGUGUCAUAUGGAGAGCAUAAUCUCUCUAAUGGGAUUCUUGAUAAAGGCCAUUGAUGAGUCACCAAAAGGUAGUGUUGUUGCUUCAGUAGGUGAAGUAUUGAAACAUUUAGAGAAAUCGGUGGCCAUAUUAGGCAAAUUCACUGAAUGGAAACCCAAUGGUAACACUAGAGUACUAGGAUCUAGAACCGAUGACGAAGAUGAAUCUAUCAAAUCUAAUGAUGUGAUAUCCUUAUUGUAUGAACUAUCUAUAAAUGCAUUCUUAGAGAUUGUACUAAAGUACAACGUGUUAUUAAAUGACGUUUACCUAGAUGAAGACGUCAUCAAGCUAAGCAAAUGGGUAUUGGACAUGUGUGCCGAGGAGUAA